AGUGCAAAUUUCAACUAAUAUUAUGGCCAAACACAUGUGGUUUUGGAUCCGGACUUCACUCCCCAAAACUCCAAAACACACCAGAGCCUGAAAUCUCAAAAUGCCGCUGGGGAAAUACUACUGCGAUUAUUGUGAUAAAGAGUUUCAGGACACGCUUGCGGCUCGGCGGCGCCACCUUCAGGGCCUCCAUCAUCAGAGAGCCAAAGCUCUUUGGUACAAGUCCUUGUGCAAUCCUCAGGUACAUAGCCACCCGAAAUCUUUUAACAAUGGAGUCUGCCACCGCUUCUUUCAAACGGGUUCAUGCCCGGACAGGGAUUCAUGUAGAUUUUAUCAUCCAAAGCAAAACACACAAAGUAGGAACCCUGAUGGAAUUAUAGGUGAUAUGUAUAGAGUCACGUCUUUGGGUAAUAUACCGCCCUCUCUUAUGCCACCCCCCGAGGGUGGAUAUCCACCACUUCCAUUUCUUGAUUGGGGAUAGUCAUUGCUUAAAGGUGCAUAUAUGGCUGCAAACCACACCGAACAAACCUGGUUUAUCCUACUUAAGCGUAGGGUCGUAAGAUGCACUCACCCCUACUUCAUGGAGUAGUAGUUUUGGCGCAUAUACUGGUGAUGUGUGGCUAACUCCCUUGCCCUGAAAUGAAUGUUCAUGUUUUAGUUUAUGAUGUUUGACAGAACUUAUAUUUAAUUAUUGGUAUAAAAUUAGUGUUUUUAA